UCACUGUCGCUGCCUGAUGACGUAGAUCACUCUGUUUGUUGUACCAUGGCGGCGCACUCUGCUAAUUGACAGUCAAAAUGCAGUUUUUAUACCUGUAAAGCCAUCCGGAAAAAAACAUUUUGCUGAAAAUGUCCAACAGAACGUCUUAUUUUUAUGACCCCGACGUGGGUAACUUUCAUUACGGUGCUGGUCAUCCUAUGAAGCCUCACCGGUUAUCCCUGACUCACAGUCUGGUGCUACACUAUGGACUCUACAAGAAAAUGAUGGUGUUCAAGCCAUAUAAAGCAUCACAGCAUGACAUGUGUCGCUUCCAUUCUGAAGACUACAUCGACUUCUUGCAGAAGGUCAGCCCCAACAACAUGCAGGGCUUCACCAAGAGCCUCAACACGUUUAAUGUUGGAGAUGACUGUCCUGUCUUUCCAGGUCUUUUUGAGUUCUGCUCCAGAUACACAGGAGCCUCGUUGCAGGGCGCCACACAACUCAACCAUAAGAUCUGUGACAUCGCCAUCAACUGGGCUGGAGGAUUGCAUCAUGCCAAGAAGUUUGAGGCGUCUGGAUUUUGUUACGUCAACGACAUUGUCAUCAGCAUACUGGAGCUUCUCAAAUACCACCCCAGGGUCCUGUACAUCGACAUAGACAUUCAUCACGGUGACGGUGUACAGGAAGCCUUCUAUCUGACGGACCGGGUCAUGACCGUGUCCUUCCACAAAUACGGGAACUACUUUUUCCCAGGGACAGGCGACAUGUACGAGGUCGGAGCAGAGAGUGGUCGCUACUACUGCCUCAAUGUUCCUCUCAGGGAUGGUAUCGAUGACCAGAGCUACAGGCAGCUGUUCCAGCCAGUCAUUAAACAAGUAGUGGAUUUCUACCAGCCAACUUGCAUCGUUUUACAGUGUGGAGCAGACUCUCUGGGCUGUGACAGGCUAGGCUGCUUUAACCUCAGCAUACGAGGGCACGGCGAGUGUGUGGAGUUUGUGAAGAGCUUCAAGAUUCCUCUGUUGGUCCUGGGAGGUGGCGGCUACACAGUCAGGAAUGUGGCUCGGUGCUGGACGUUCGAGACGUCUCUCUUGCUGGAUGAAUCCAUCAGCGAUGAGCUGCCUUACAGUGAGUACUUUGAGUACUUUGCUCCCGACUUUACGCUGCAUCCUGAUGUCAGCACCAGGAUAGAAAACCAGAACUCCAGACAGUACUUGGAGCAGAUCCGCCAGACGGUGUUUGAGAACUUGAAGAUGCUGAACCACGCACCCAGUGUUCAGAUCCACGACGUCCCCUCGGACAUGCUGAGUUACGAACGCACAGACGAGCCUGAUCCCGACGAGAGAGGGAGCGAGGAAAACUACACCAGGCCAGAAGCAGCCAAUGAGUUUUAUGACGGUGACCAUGACAACGAUAAAGAAAGCGAUGUGGAAAUCUGACGGUGAGCAAUGGACAUUUAAAAAUAUUCACAUUUGGAUUAUUUUAAUGUACAUGCACAAUAACUUGACACAAUUUAGCUAAUAGUUUUGAAAAUAUCUUUUUGUUAUCUUGUUGGUUAGUGAGAUACUUUGUCACCCGACACUUCCUUUAUUGAUAUUCAAUGCAUUGUUAGAUUUUCUCUGGUUGUAACCUACAUCAGGAUUCAGUCAUAUUAUUUUGAAAGGAACAUUAACAAGGUUCUAUCAUGUUUAAAAACAAUUACUGUUGUCUUGAGGAACAUUUCUCAUGUGCCUUUGUGUUCCGCUUGAUGUUUUUCUAAUAGUUUUCAUUGUUGGUUGCGUUGUACCAGUAAACACAGUAUACUGUACGUAUGGACCAGCAUAACCACCCAGUGCAGCCGUUUCUACGCCGUUUAACUUGAUCUUGUUUCAUCUGCCAGGUUGUUUUGAUAUGUGUGCUUUUUGUAAUAAAAUGAAGAUAAGAGUGGCAGAAAGACUGUUAGGAUACCAGACCACCAUGGAAUGCCAAGUUGUUUGACUUUAUUCCUCAUUCAUCCACUGAUAUGCUGAACAUAGACACAACAAACUGUGCUUUAAGAGAAAACACGUCUACCUGCAGCUUCCUAUCAGAAGAGACCUCCUUUGGCACGCUGAGCAAAGCGCAGAUUUUCAAUGGGAGGGUCUGACCGGUAUCCAACUUUUGAGAGUCAUAACUUCAAAUAAAUAUAUUAAUUCACAUAACACCAUAUAUAUAUUAGCAGCAAUUAACUUUGAAAACAAAAGGUAUGCUGAACAAAACCCAGA